AUGAAUGAAUUAGUUGUAAGUUACUUUGGCUCAGUCUGGCAAAUUCUGUGGCUUGAAUCCUAUUUCUUGACUGGAAUAAUAACUCCAAACAUUGCGAUAAGCGAAUACGUUUAUGGAUUGGCACAUUUGAUAUUUUAUGCUACUAUCACUUUUGAUUUCGAAAAUAUUGAUUUAGCUAUCGUUGUUGAUUAUAUUGUUAUCAGCGAUUCAUAUUCCGAUGAAUAUCUUCCGCAGUUCUUAUGUGCUUCAACGAAUAUAACACAAACACAAACAUUGGAAGAAAAUUUUGCUUGUCAUAAGAUUUGA